CGGCUCUUGUCCAAAUCGACAGGGUUGAUUAGAGUACUUGCGAGGUGACGCUCCGCUGGCCCUCCGGGGGCCACUGCCGUGGAGGCCGUCUCAUUUCUGUGCUCUAAAGUAUAGGUAGAUACUGCAGUGGUAUAACUGUUCAUGAAGAGCAAAGAGCACUAUUUACCCGGGUGAAGGCCAUUAGAAGCUACUGCUGUGGAGUCUAGUGCUUCAGUUCUGUCCUCAGAUGCUUGGAAGCGCAGUAGAUAGCGUUGUCUCCACGGCAGUGGCCCUUGUAGGGAAAUAAAUACUCCUCAUUUGAACCUCCAGGCGUUGCUGCUUUGCAGAGCCCCAACACCUUUCAUCGACAUUAAACUUCUUUAUAGACCAUGCCGUUUCUAACGCUACACGUUGGCCUCUGGAUCUGAGGCAAAAUGGAGCUCCUACUAGAGUCUAGUAAGAAUCUCUCUGUCCCUAGGUAGAGAGGGUGGAGAGGAAAUACCAGAGCCUCAAAGUUACUACUAGAGUCUAGAAGUAACCCUAGAGGGCAGGAAAAUGGAUACCUGAGAAAAGUCGACUUACUCUCAAACUUUGAGAGUAAGUUAAGCAUAAAUUUCUCAGUUAACUCUACUCUCAGACAGCGUCUGAGUGAUACCCACGUAUAUUUGAUUGGGACUCUGCAUAGUGCAUUUCAUGGCUCGGCCUGCGAGAAUGGGGCAGGUGUGGUCAUGCUUUCCCUAUUCAGAAGGCACGCGAACUUCCCUCUUUUAAGCUCGCUCUCCUUCUCUUUUCUUCCUUCUCACUUCUUGAUUCUUUCAUCUUCUCACCACAACGUUCUUUCAUCUCUCACGGUCGGUCAUCGCUGCAAUUCUGCCAGUAUCUUCCACUGUCAAUCCUCCCGACUCUGUCCCCUCCGCACUCUCUUUUUCCCCGUCACAGUCAGGGAUCAGACGCUGUCCGAUGCGAAGAUGCCUCCUGCAGGCUUCCAAUUCCCAGACAGGGCGGCAGCUACAAUGGCCAAACGCCUUGAGAAGCUCAAACGCGUCGAAGAGGCCAAGCCCCCCGAAGACCGCAUUGUCAAUCGUGACUGGGACGAUGAAGUGCAGAAGAAGAUUGGUAUGCUUGAGGCAAUUAGACAACGGAAUGCGAAGCGUCACUUUAUAGAACUUGCCACCUCGGAAUUGGUCAACAUCUGCAAAACCGUUGAAGAAGCCGAAGCGUUCUUCACAAAGGACGGCACCAAGUUCACUUGCAAGACUUUGAAGAUGUUCACCGAGGCUCAUGCACUGUCAUCGAAUGGCCAGAUCACUGAUGUUCCGACUGUACGCACUAUACAAGCCCUCUUGUUCGCACUAUAUUCUGCCUGCAAGAACUCUAAUAACCCUGUUGAUCGAGAUGUGAAGCGGAGUACCAUGAUGUGGGUCCAGUCUGACUUGGCUGUUCGUGGUUUGGCCUGUUACAACCAGCGAAGAAAAGAGGUUGCGAUGCCAGAAGACUUCUCCGCAUUCAUUCGAGCAUUCUUCGAUACAGAAUACCUCACUGCGACCCAGUAUAGCACGAGAAAUGCUCUCAACUUCGUACUAUGUGCCAACAUGAUGCUGGACUGCAGCAAUCGCAUCAGCGAGUUGUUGCGGCCCAGUCUAUCAAAUGCUGAUUGGGAAGUAUACAAGAAAGAGCGCAAGGAUAGGCUGUUCACAUGGGGCCGAGUGGAACUGUUUGCCUACCCAGGAGUCGACAGUCCUGUUGAUUUGCGUGCGCGUUUGACUUUUCGGGGAUUGAAGAACACUGGGCAGAAGGGCAACAAAAGCAAGAUUAUCCCAAUCCGCCUCCUUCCACUGCACAUGGCUGCCGAAGACAGUCUGCGAUGGCUCCUAAUCUUGGGGCUGAUUGACAGAGUCUUCGAGGGUAUCUCUCGUUGGUCAGAUUUCGACGCUGUCCGACCAUCGCAGCAUGGCACAGUCAUUCACAUCAAGAAGUCAAUGCUGGAAGUCCCGGUUUUCCGUCAGCCUGUAUACAAACCUGCGGACCCAUCCUUGGACUUGCUAGAGGCAGACGUGAUGAGGUCUCAGAAUUUCGUCAAACAAUUGAAGGUUUUGAGCCGACACUGCGGUCUGCAGAGCCCGAUGUUACCUGGAGUGCUUCGGCGUGGUAGUGCAUACCUUCUUGGCUUGAAGACGAGUCACGAAGAACGGUGUGCACGUAUGGGUCAUGAUGACAAAGACACAACUUACUGGGGAGCAUACAGAAACCAGACAUCAACUGUUGACUUCCAGGCACUCCGCCACAACUUGGACGCCGUCGAUGUGAGUCGAAUGUCAAGCAUUUUCCGUGGAAGGUCGGAAUCAGCUCCGACUUGCGUCUCUGAGCAAGGCAUGAUCGAAAUUAGUCGAGAUCAAGAGCUUAUUAGGCUUCUUGAGAGGGAAUGCGAGGUCAUUGAUCGAGCGGUUCAGGCUUUUGGCUCACUUGCUGAGGCGAGAGCUCAAGGAUCUCCGACGGCGUCAGAACACGCUGCAAUACGUCGCCAGUAUCAAGAGCGAGAGCGAACUCUCAUGACCAAAAAGUUCGAGGAGGAGUACAGACAGCAUUUCGAAAACCCGAAUGAUGCCCCUGAGAUGACAACACAUGUUGAACCAAGAGAUCAAGGCGCUUACUACGACAACAUGUUGGAUGUUGACGAUGCCGAGAAUGCUCUCAUUGAUCCCGCACUCCUUCAGGAUGUCGACUCUAUGGCCGCAGAUCUCGGUAACAUGCUUGUAGACGAUGACAGCCAGCCAGAUGAUACCGAAAUGGAAGACAUGGGCUCUAACCUUGGUACAGAAACUGAUGCUUCAUCAUUGCACACAUCUGGAACCACGGGCAGAAGUAAAUUUAGCUUGCGGGUAGUUGCGAAGAAUUCUGUCUUUGAAGGUCUUUUUGACAUCAUCUUCAACCAGCCCGAAGAUCUUUCGGCGGCUCAAUUCGCAGAUGUCUGUGUGGAGAAGUUCAACCACCUUCACGCUGCGGACAAAUACUAUCCAGACCAGGAGCCAACGCCAGGAACUUUGUCUUGCAGAUUCUGUGGCAUCUGUCUUAUUGGCAUUGAUCAUAACGGGCACAUUCGGACCUGCGGACUGACUUCCAUGGCGAAACAUAUUCUUGAGGACCUUGAUCGCCAUCAAGAGACACAUCCUCCAGCCCAGAAGUGUGGAAUGGUCAUUGGGUCGGACAGCGUCCGACUCUGUGCAGCCAAAUACAAGCAGAAGAGAAAUGCCAACUCGGGGGCUCAUUUCACGGAACACUGCUACAAACGUCACAGAGAUGCGUCGACAGGACAAUAUAUUUGCAACGAUGAUGCUACCACUUUCUCGAGCUGGGAAGAUUUUCGGAUCCAUCGAGUUGUUCACCAUGCAGCCUCAACCACCGUCAUACCUGUGGAUGAAAAAAGUGGAAACCCAAGAGCUGAGAUAUUGCUCUUCUGGUGCAAGAUUUGUCAGUAUGCAUACUCUCGUACAGAGGUAGAUGAGGACAGCCACUUUGUCCAACAUUUGGACGAUGUCCAACUGGCUCUUGACAGGCACGGGUUCUCUGGAUAUUUCUUUACUUUCAGAUGGUUCCAUCCGUCGUUCUGUAUAUUUUGCUUGUACGACGGGAAUGCAGGAUUUUCGACCCAGUUCGCAGACUUCUACACCGAGAUUGCCUUUACGCAGCAUGUCGAAAAGCACUUCCGAGACCUCAACGAUGAUGUGAGCAUAUCCUGUCCCGCAUCAGCGAGCACUGCAAAUGGGAUCAAAGCUGUCUGUCAUCGCAGCGAGCUUAUGAGCAAGGACGCUCUUGUUACACACCUAAUCGAAGACCACAAUCUGGCAAUCAACAGCAGCAAAACCUGCUUCAAGAAUGUGCGGAAGAGGUCGAGACCUGCGUUGGCAGAAAAGAACGUCAAUGAAGGUAUUCCUGGCGCCAGCGCCGAUAGGAGCAUGGAUUAAGUUGAUUGUGUGGGAGAUUUCGAGAUGUCUUGAAGAAAUACCGAAUAUGGUUAUGACAGCUUGUUGCACGUAUAGCUAAUUGCUACAAGAGCAAUGUUAUUGUCUCGUAGCUGAUCUUUCAAGGGGCACCUAUGUUGAGCAGACACGAUGAGCAGACACGAUAGAUAUAGUGGU